AUCAUCAUCAUCAUCAUCAACAUCAACAUCAAUGUCAAUGUCAUCAUCAUCAUCUGAUUUAUUUGAUCAUUAUCAACGUAAAUAUCAUGCAUUAAAAAUACCACCAUGUGAUCCUGGUUAUUUUGAAUGUGAUUCUGGCGAUUAUUGUGUGAAACAACAAUUUAAUUGUGAUGAUAAUGAAGAUUGUCCAGAUGGUUCAGAUGAAUCUAAUUGUACGGAUAAAUAUGAUUCAAGUUAUUAUAAUAAAUUAUUCAGUAAACGACCGGAUGAAGAUCGUGAAAAAUUGACAAUUAAUUGUUCAUUAACAAUGAUACCGGCUAUUUGUACAUGUUCCGGUAUGGGUAUAUUUUGUGUAAAUCGUAAUCUACAUGAUGUACCUAGAAAAGAUUUGCCCAAAAAAAUGAAUGUAUUAGAUUUAAGUGGCAAUCAAAUUUCAAUCAUAAAGAAUACAACUUUUACACGACGUUUACGUCAUCUAAAAUCAUUAAUAUUGACCAGCAAUAAUAUCCAUACACUACAAUCGGAUGCAUUCGGUAAUCUAACUGAAUUAACACAUUUACAUCUUAUUGGCAAUCAAUUGGAAGUGAUUGUUGAUUUUGUUUUUCAUAAAAAUAAAAAAUUACGAUUAUUAAAUCUAUCGUAUAAUCCAAUACGUAUGAUUGGCCUAAAUGCAUUCAAUGGCUUGAAUGGAUUAAUCGAACUUGAUCUACGAGCUUGUCAAUUAAUCCGAUUACCGGCAAGACAAUUUUUCCCAUUGAAUCAAUUACAAAUAUUAUGGCUACAACAGAAUCGUAUAUGGUUCAUUAAUAAUGAUGCAUUAGUUCAUUUGAACAAUCUGGAUACACUAUCAUUGGCCCAUAAUCAAUUAAGCGAAUUGAAUGAAGCAAUAUUUAUCGAUCUUAUACGAUUAAAGUCACUUUCAUUAGCUUAUAAUAAACUAACAUUUAUAACGGAAAAUCAAUUGAAUCAAAUGACAUCAUUGGCUAAAUUAGAUUUAAGCUUUAAUCAGAUCGUAACCAUUCAAUCACAUGCAUUCAAUAAUAUGCUACAAUUACGAUCAUUAGCUUUACAAGGGAAUCGUUUCCAAAAACUUCCGCAGGAUAUAUUCAAUGAGCUUAAAGAAUUGACACAUAUUUAUUUCAGUGAUUUUCGCCAUUGUACAUAUGCCUUAAAUGUUCGUGUUUGUAUACCUCGUGGUGAUGGUAUCAGUAGUGUACAACAUUUAUUAGAUAGUGUCAUAUUACGUAUUGCCGUAUGGAUUGUAGCCAUGAUUGCUUUGAUUGGCAAUUGUUUGGUCAUUAUUGGUCGUAUGAUGAUGCAUGAAUUGAAUGUAGUGCAUUCAUUUUUCAUUAAAAAUCUAGCAAUGGCCGAUUUGUUGAUGGGCAUUUAUCUAUUUAUCAUUGCUUAUUAUGAUAUAAAAUUUCGUAAUCAUUAUAUAUUAUAUGAAGAAGAAUGGCGUAUGAGUUGGCAAUGUACAUUUGCCGGUAUUAUAUCGACAAUUUCAUCUGAAUCAUCUGUAUUUAUAUUGGCUAUAAUUACGAUCGAUCGUUAUUUAUCGGUAAUGCAUCCAUUUUCAAUUAAACGUCAUUCAAUGUCAUUUGCAAUUGGUGCCAUGUUUAUGGUUUGGGCAUUAUCAAUCAUUCUGGCUCUAUUGCCUUUGAUAGCUAAACGUUAUUUCACAAAUCGUUUUUAUGGCAAUAAUGGUGUAUGUCUUGGUCUUCAGCUACAUGAUGGUACUGGCAUCGGUUAUUCAACAUUCCUAUUCUGUGGUGUUAAUUCCAUUGUAUUUCUAUUUAUAAUGCAUGCAUAUAUGAAAAUGUCAAUGGCUAUUAUGAAUUCGGCUAUUGGUCUACGUACUACACAACAACAUGAUCGUAAUAUUGCUAAACGUUGUGCAUUCAUCGUAGCAACUGAUGGUAUUUGUUGGUUACCUAUUGUACUUAUUAAAUUAGCAGCUAUUUCUGGUAUACCAAUCAAUCAAGAUCUUUAUGCAUGGGUUGCUGUAUUUUUAUUGCCCGUAAAUUCGGCCUUAAAUCCAGUGCUUUAUACAUUGACAACAAAAUUAUUCAAACAACAUUUAAAUCGUUUUAUAACGCAUAAUUUUUCAUCACAAAAUCGUCAUACACCACCAAUGAUGGAUCAUUCAAGUGGUUCAUCAUCAUUUUGUUCAUUGAAUCAUAAUCAUAUCAAUCAUAUAAAAGAAAAUCGUGAUUCAGAUCCAAGUAUACAUUUGAAUCUAAAAAAUAAUUUAGCUACUGUAGAUCUCCAUCAUUAUCAUCAUAAUAAUAAUCAACGUUAUCAUCAUUGCCAACAUCACCAUUGUCAUCAUCAUCAUCAUCAUCAUCAUCAUAAUUGUCAUCGGACAUCAACAUCAUCGAAUAAUGUGACAAAUAAUCGAUCAUUUCCAAAUCGUUUUAAUUCAAAACGUUCCGUUAUGACCAUCUUAUCGGAUGGUUCACCAGCCUAUACAACAGGUCCAUCACCUACUCAUACAGAUCAAAAUAUUGGUGGUACAAUGGAAAUUGUACGUUUAGAACAAUUAUUCGAGAAUAAUAAAAAUGAUACUAGCCAAACAGCAACAGAUGAUAAUGGAUCAAAUGUGGCCAAUAACAAUCAUCAACAACAACAACAACAACAAAAAAAUAAAAUUACAGUCAAUCCGUUAUCAUUGGAAAAACAAAAUGAAACAACCGAAAUUGAAUCUGGACGAAAAAAAGAUGUGGCCAAAUUAUCCGAUGAUCAUUCAUUAUUAUAA